UGCCGACGGAGGCGGCCAGCCGCUGCCCGGCGCGAGGGGCCGUCCCGGCGAUGGCAGCGGCGAGGCGCGUCUUCCACCUCCAGCCAUGCGAAAGUCCACCGGCAGCGAUGUCCCGAAAUGGGUACUUCUUUGAAGAAACAGGUUACCUUAAAUGCGAUACGGACGAUGGCUGUGAGAGCAAAGAAGAAGGCGGCGGAGAAGAACUCUUUGACACCGUCAAUUCCUCAAUUGUGUCAGGGGACAGCAUCAGAUUCUUCGUGAACGUCAACUUGGAUAUACAGCAGAAUGUUACAGCAGAGAGUGAUGGCUCUGGGUGCGUUUUAUUGCACACAUCAAGAAAAUACCUAAAAUUAAAGAAUUUUGAGGAGGAGAUCAGAGCCCACCGUGACCUGGACGGCUUCCUUGCCAGAGCCAGCAUCAUUCUGGACGAGACAGCUACUUCUCUGGACGACGUCUUGCGGGAGAUGUUAAAGCAUUUUGCCGAAGACUCUGACAAUGCCGAGCCAAGCUGCAACUUCGACAAAAUUAUGAGCACUUUAUUCACCGAUUCGGGGACCCCCAGAGAAGGGAAUGUACACCUCUUGUCGGAUACAAUUCAGGGGGUGACAGCAACCGUCACCGGAAUCCAGUAUCAGCAGUCGUGGCUUUGUAUCAUUUGCACUAUAAAAUCUCUCCAGCGUCGUCAUGUUUGCAUCAGCCGGCUUGAAAGACCCCAGAACUGGGGAGAGAAUUCCUGUGAAGUGAGAUUCGUCAUUUUGGUGCUCGCACCGCCAAAAAUGAAAAGUACCAAAACAGCCACCGAAGUGGGCCGGACAUUUGCCACAAUGUUUUCAGAUAUUACGUUCCGGCAGAAGCUUCUGGAAACAAAAACCGAAGAAGAGUUCAAAGAAGCUUUGGUCCACCAGCGUCACCUGCUGACAGUUGUCAACCAGAGGCCAUCGGCAGUGACUGAUGACCACAAAACUCAUAGCUCCAAGCCUCUUAAGCUCCAUGAGUUCUUCAAUGUUGGCAAGGGGAUUUUUGAUGACAUUGCACGAAGAUUUCCAGUGUACGCUUUGGACUUCACUGAUGGCAUUAUCGGCAACAACAAAGCGAUAGGGAAAUAUAUCACCACCAUGAUCUUUCUCUAUUUCGCCUGCCUCCUGCCAACCAUCGCGUUCGGGUCCCUAAAUGAUGAAAACACAGAAGGGGUCAUUGAUGUGCAAAAAUCUAUCGUUGGCCAGUGCAUUGGUGGCCUGCUUUAUGCGCUGUUCUCUGGCCAGCCACUUGUAGUGCUUUUAACGACAGCUCCUUUGGCGCUGUACAUCAAUGUGAUCAAAGGAAUCUGUUCUGACUACAACUUGGAGUUCCGUGCGUUUUAUGCUUGGGUUGGACUCUGGAACAGCUUCUUCCUCAUGCUCUACUCUCUCUUCAAUUUCAGUCUUGUAAUGAAGCUCUUUAAAAGGUCAACAGAAGAAAUCAUUGCACUUUUUAUCUCUAUCACUUUCGUGCUUGAUGCCAUUAAAGGAAUCACAAAAGUUUUUACAAACUACUACCAUGGCCCGAGACCACACAGCUUGUCCAUCAAUAACACCACCUUCUUGCUAAACAUAUCAACAGAACGUUCAACAAUGGGAAACCAGAGCGAUGGUCCUUCGGGGGCCACGCAGGAGGGGCGCGAAACCGCUGUUCUCAGUCUGAUGCUGAUGCUGGGGACACUGUGGCUUGGUCACACCCUGUAUCAGUUCAAGAAAAGCCCUUACCUCCACCCCCGCGUCCGUGAAAUCCUCUCCGAUUGUGCGCUGCCUAUUUCUGUCCUCACUUUCUCUGUGAUCGGAUCCCACUUCUUCAAGGAGAUAAAAAUGUCCCAAUUUAACUACAAUCAGUCUGAGAGCUUGUUCGUCUUGGCUCCCCUGAAGGACCUCUACAUUGGCUCGGUCAUGAGUGCGAUGGGGCUGGGCUUCCUGCUCUCUAUGCUUUUUUUCAUAGAGCAAAAUAUUGUGGCGUCGCUCACCAAUGCACCCGAGAACAGGUUGGUGAAGGGAACAGCCUAUCACUGGGACCUCCUCCUCGUAGCUCUGAUCAACACGGGGCUGUCCAUCUUCGGAUUACCCUGGAUCCACGCUGCCUUUCCUCACUCGCCAAUGCAUGUCCGGGCCCUGGCCUACGUAGAGGAAAGAGUUGAGAACGGGCACAUCUAUGAGACGAUUGUGAGUGUGAAGGAGACGCGUCUGACAACGUUGGUGGCCAACUCUUUGGUGGGCCUCUCGCUCCUGCUCCUUCCCUUCCCACUGCGGCUGAUCCCGAAGCCCGUCCUCUAUGGGCUCUUCCUCUACAUCGCCUUGACCUCCAUCGAUGGGAACCAGCUCUUCGAGAGGGUGGCCCUCUUGCUAAAAGAGCAGACUGCCUAUCCUCCGACCCAUUAUAUCCGCCGAGUGCCCCAAAGGAAGAUUCACUACUUCACCGGCCUGCAGGUCCUGCAGCUUCUCAUUCUCUGUAGCUUUGGAAUGUCUCCGCUGCCCUACAUGAAAAUGAUUUUUCCACUCAUCAUGAUUGGAAUGAUCCCAAUCAGAUACAAAUUGCUCCCCAGCAUCAUCGAAGCAAAAUAUUUAGAUGCCAUGGACGCAGAGCACUAACCCUGACGAUCUGGAUUCUUGCAACGGUUCGUAGCUCUUUUCCGCCUUUCAGAAUGGAAAGCGAGCGGCCGAGUUGCGUGUUGGAAGUUGUUUGUUUUUGAACCUCUGUGACUUCUGUACUGCACUACAACUACUACCCAAAGUUAUGAUGCUGUGGACCAGCCAAGUGCCCAAAUUUCAGGGCGGGAAGGGGGAAGGAGGCGAGCAAGGCCCUCCCCUUUUUUUUAUACACACUUUGGAUCCCUUUGCAGGCUCCCCUUUUAAUUGGACAUGAGCUGUAUGCAAUUUGGAGCUUCGUCUUCAGCCUCUGGUUGCUCUUAACACCGGUCUUCUUCUUGAUGAAAGGCACCCUGUGUGCAAGGAAGUGGUGGAGACACCAGGAUGACUGCAGUGGAUUUUCUGCAUCCCCUUCUAUCAGGGGCUUCACCUGUGGCGGUCGGCGGGAGGGGGUUUCGGCCCAAACCAGAAUCUUGCAGAAGAAAUCCAAACCAUCUUUGAGGCUGCUUGGAAUGGUGGCUUUCCUGAGCAGGGUCUCUUCAAACGUGCAUUAUGACUUGAGUCUUUCCCCCUUCCCCCAUGUUAUAGUACUACUUCUGUGUACAUAUAUACAUAGCUAAUCGAAAUUUGUGUAUAUAUUUUGCAUAUAAAUAUCCUGGAUUUCAAUGCCUGUUCUUUCCAGAGACUGCAAGGAUUUUUGUGCAAUCAGUGUUAACUUGUACUGUAACUGCCCCUUACCUCCAUUUCCCUGGUUUUUUUCCAUCUUUUAUUCUUACAGCCAGCCAUUUGGUUUCCUUCCUUGUUUACAUGGAUUGCUAUGGAUAUUUGCCAUUCUUUCUUCGUUCUGCCCUUUAAUUCCCAUCUCUUUGGAUGCUACUGGCGUUGGGUUUUAAUGUACGCCUAGUUGGAGGCUGUGGGGUUUCGGAAGCGUUAGAUUUGCCUGGGUCAGCCUUUCGCAGUUUGGUGCCUUUAAAGUAUGCUGGGUGAUCAACUCCCAUCAUCCACAGUUGGCACACUGUUAGCUGGGGAGAAUGGGAGCUUUAGUCCAAGACCAUCUAGAGAACUCUUCGGUCUGAUCUCGUUGCUUGUUGUAAUUUCUAUCGUGGGCUUCCCUGUUUUCUCCCACGAAACUUCACAUUAUAUUUCCGGAAUGA